UUUCGAACAGUAAAUUCUCCAUUCGCCAUUUUCCCUAGAAAAACUUACCAUGCUCGCUCCUGUAUAUACAUACUCUUCUAUACGUGUCUAUAUUUCUUAGUAUAAUCGAAUGUCAACCUUUUUAUCACAACAUGCACCUUAUAACCUUUUAAAAUGUAAAAUUUUUACUCGCAAAUUUUAGGCUGUUUCCCUAAAUCGUUGAAGAACUUUGAUAGAAAAUUUGAGAUGACAGCCCAGGGUAACAAAGAUGACAUCAGAAGAUGAUACAUGGGCUCAAACUCUAAUUACGGUAACCCCUGAAGACGAUGCAACGCUAAGAGAAAUUUCGGAUACGGUUACCCUAUCUUCGCCAUCGGACACACCUUUGAUCCUUGAUCCCGAUAAAAUUGUAUACAGGCGCUCGCGUACCGACAGGCAAUUUAUAGAACCUCAAGAAUUCGAAGAAACGACAGAGGAAAUAAAAUUGGAAGAAGUGUUGCAGCAAGAUGAACCUGACCAACCGAAAUAUCAAGAUGCUGAAAAUCAAACGUAUUUACAGGGAAUUUCAAUUGUUGAAAUCCCUGUCGAGUACACAGACAAAUCUUCACAAACGAUGUACAUGGCUGCACCAUGCCCUCCUCUAAAAUAUUUUAAGGAUAUCUUGACCGCGAUGAACGAAGGUCCACUUCCUGAAAUGAAGAAAAGUAACGUAACCUCAACCAUUGUUACUUUUGAUCCCGAAACGUCCCAAGAUUUGGUCACCGAACAAUUGUCUGCGAACGUUCCGGAAGAGCAACUCGAAGAAUUUGCGUCUGAACUCGACACGGAUGACGCAGAAAUGGAAGUCACCGACGUUUUGGACUUUGUAAUAACGCGCUUAUUUUGGAUAAUUGAUCCGAGUCAAAUACAAGUUGACACGGCUGAUAAAGAAACGCAAACAUCGUUAAGGUUCAAUAAUCAGACGCAAAUUCUUUACACGGAUAAUCAAAUGCAGACAGAUUUAACUUGCGAACCGAAGGAAUCGAACACGAUGCUCUUGUCGGAUUAUUGGCAAACGAAGGAUAUGAUUGUGAAUUUCUUGGAUGAUUGUUUGUCCAAAGGUCUAGAAACGGUUACGAUGACGCACGAUGUAAUUAAUGAAAUUAUCGACAAGUGUGUCGAGAGAAUCAGGUAUCCCAUGAAAGAAGAAAUUAUCCAGACUAUAGCCACGUAUAAAAUAGAUGAAGAUAAAGAAAAUGUCUUGAGGAAACUAAAACAUGGUGUAGUCGUGGACCCCCUAGAAGCGUCGAUUAUUGUUCUACCACUUGUGACUGAUUUAUUGGAAACAGUUUGCGAUACUGUAACUAGGAAUGCUGCUGUGACUGUUAAAAAUGUUGUACAACUGCUCCUUCAACGAACAGAUAAUAUAAUCGGGAAACUUAUAAAACUUGAAGCAGAAUUACAACCAAAGCCAAUGGAUGAAAUAUUACAAAAAAGAAAGCAGAAAAUCAUCGAAUCGAUGUUAAAGAAAGAGACCGAAACAAUUUCUACGCAAACAAGCCUAACUGGAGUUUUAGAGGUGAAGAGAAUCGAGGAAUCCAAAGAAAUAUUAUGUUCCGUAUGUAGAAGACAAUCAAAGUGUAGGUGGUGUAUAGCAGGCGACGAAACUGAAGACAUUCCCCGCGAAGAAGUGAAAAUCCUUCGUACGCAGGAUAUAUUAUUAGCGUAUAAACCUUGUUACGUUAUCACGACAGCUUCUAAGAAAACAUCAGAUCUACAACCCGUUUGUCAUUCAGAACCUAAAGUCAAGUUACUUCCAAAAUCUCCAUGUUAUGUAUCCACAGAAUCAACGGAUGAUUCUCGAGACACGAUUAAUAUAUGUCUUCAGCCUAAAAAGGGGAUUAAACCACAAGAGUCUUUUAACGAAUGGUCAUAUGUUGCUGAUGCAACCUUGAUGAAACCAUGCUCAAUGAAAGAAUCUAUCAGUAGUAUAGGUGAAACAACUAUGUCAUCAAUCUCAAAGUGUUAUGACAAUUCAGCUAGUAUACAUAGUACUUUAACCUCGCAAGCGGUUAAUGCUUUACAAAUACUAAAGGAUACGUUUUGUAAUCAAGAAAAUUGUCGCACUCCAUCGUUGCAAACUUUCAAACAAAACUAUCCGUUUAAAGAAGAUGGAAAGGUUUCUAUUAAAUCAGUAUGUACUAUAUGUUCGAGUGGAAAUAAUAUAGAGAAUAAAUUGUCUGAAGAACAAACGUUUUGUAUGCAACAAACGUGUAAAGCUUUAUCAAAAUUGCAUUUACCUAAAAAGAAUACUUAUAACGAAAACACCGUUCCUAACCUUCCUGCAAAAUCGCAUGGCGAUGGUUUUAAAAUUAUUCCCAUAUGUCUUUCUCAACAUUCGAACAGUUAAAAAAGACAUAGGUAAAUGUUUUCUUACAAAUGUUUAAUAAUUGACAAAUAAAUGCACAUACAUUGUUUCUAUGGAUUUGCAGUAGAAUAUAUACACGUUGCAAUAUAAAUAUAACAUUCAACAACAACAUUCAACAACAACAUUCAAUGUACUUUUUGAAUUAACAAACAUAUUUACAUUCUAAUUUGUUGUAGUUGUUGGGCAACAAUGUUUUAAAUAUUACAUAAAACCAUUAUUUUGUAUAUAAUGUUUUAAGUAGUAAUGGUGAAACGUAUAUAAAAAUAUUUGUAACUUCAGACAUUCACAUUUUAUAAAUAAAACAUUGUAACAAUGAUAUUAUUGCUGUUAUUUCUUUGUUUCAAAAAAUUAAAAUACCUUUUUCUUAUUAAUAUCGGCAAUACGUAGAGAAUAUCGUAUGUACAGCACAGGGCAGGAUAGGUUUCCGCAGGGAAAAUGCCGACGUAGGGGAGAGAGGCCCAUAUAUAUAGAGGUUUGUCGCCUCCCACCACCACUUACAUGUAAACGUUUACGCGGGAAAAUUUGAAUCGACAUUUACGUUAUUAUUCAUAUUUUUCGAUUAUAUACUAAAUAUUAUGA